AUGAAAGCUGGGCAGCCAUAGCUUUUUACAAUCAUGCAUACUGCACAAUACAGCAGAAGAAAGAAGAUUACCUCACUAAGGCCAAAGAAGAACUAAUGCAGGCACAGAAGUCUCUGAAAUAUCUCAGUGAGGAACUGAUAGUCUGUCUUCAGUUUGCAAAAAUGUCCUCUGCAGACUCAGUCAACAGUAACCCAACCAGCAUUGAAAAGCAGUUAACAACGAAAUGUGACAUGUUUGGUUACUAUGAUAAAAACAUAAAUGAAGCCAUCCAAAAGUUGGAUGAAAUAAAAGAAAGAGGUAGUGAUGCAGUGGCCAAAAAAUCCCCAUUUUUCUCCCUAGUGUUGGGUGCUGAUGAAGAUCUCCAAGCCGAAGCCUACAACCUCCACAGUCGAGGUCUGAAAUAUGUAUUUUCUGUAGGAGAGGCGCCUCGUUUCUCAUGGGAAGGUCUGCUGGUGGUCUUUCUUGGAGUUUUACAGAUUGUUGGAGGAGCAUUGCUCAUUGCAUUUACAUAUGGAACAUUUGCUCAAGUUGGCAUGGGACUCAUUGCUGAAGGAAUAUCAGACUGCAUCUAUGGCAUUGAGGCCAUGGUGACAGGAGAAUUCAGCUGGAAGGAAUGGGCUAUAGAAAAGGCCAUUUCCAUUGGUGUAUCUGUCAUUGGGUUAGGAGUUGGAAAGCUGAUAUCAAAGGGCUUCAAAUGUUUUAAAACUUUAUUUAAAUUUGGCAAACAGCUUAAGGCAAUGCCAACAUUUCUGUCUAGACAGGCUAAAAAUGGUUUAAGUGCCGUCUUAAAGACAAAUUUGAAGAAUGCAUUAAAAUACACAGGUAAAACAUUUGCAGAGGAAAUCAUUACCUAUGGACUGGGAAAGGCAGAGGAUGAAAUAGUGAAAAAAAUAUUAGAAGAAAUAAAAAAUCAAGUGAAAAAGGGAACUGGUCACAAUGUGAAACUAAAAAUUAAAAAAAAGCCUUUAUCUGCAUUAAUAGAUCUCACCAUUCUCUCACAACUUGAGGAUAAAAACCAACUUCAUUAUCUCCUGAAGGACGGGAGCAGAAAGAAACAACUGCUGGCCGUUUUCAAAGAGUUAAGCAAAACUGCUGUACAGCCGUUCUAUGCAGACCUCAGCUUACACAACAAGCUGAACUCAUCGAUCUCCCAAGUGAUUCAGAAAGCUAAAGCACACACCAAAGGAAAAGCAUUUGCAAUUCUAGCAACUAUCCAAGCUCUACAAAUAGGCACACUGGCAGGAGAUGCCAUCGAGUCAGGCCUCACCCUCUCAGACAAGUUUUUCUCAAAUUUUCACGAACAGCUGAAAAUAUUCAAAGAAACACAAAAACAUUCAGAGAACAUAAAUGUAAGUGAUCUGUCUGAUGGAGACAUUGAGCUGUUGAAAGAAUUCAAGCAGGAUUUAGCCGACACCAUCAGUGCUUUAUUGGCUGAUGCUUUGGUAGAAGUGUUCCACCAGAAGUUCUCCAGUCACAUUGUGUCUGUUGUUAAAGGCCAAGUAAAUGGUGUUAUUGGUGGUUGGGUAAGAAAGGGCUUAAAGAGUGACAGAACAGAGGAAAAACUCAGAGCUGGGCAGAACAACAGCUACAUCACAUACAUGCCAAGAAACCUGAAAUCUAAACACAAGGUUGAAGGAGAAGCAGGUCAGCGCUCACAGACACAUUCUGAAAAGAUCAAGAACUCCACAACUGCAGGCACCAUCCUUGAUAUCAGAGUCCUGUCAGAAGCCACUGGCACUAAAGUUGUCAUCCUAACAGAAGACAGAAAUGGAAGGCUUACCAAAAUGCAGGAAUUGAGCCCAGACACUGGACCUACUAAUAAAACUGUGAGACUGAUCUACAGACCAAAGAGUGCCCAAUACCCUGGUGGCCAUUAUGAUGUGCUCAUCAAUGACCAGAUAGUGAACAUAGAGAGCGAGGGAAAGAGCUGUCUGUUUCAUGCUUUGGCACGAGGAAUGAAUCCAGCGGCCAGUGAAGAAGAAAUCGCUUUGGAAGAAAAUCGCCUCCGAUCUGUGGAGGCUGAUGCUCUCCUCAGACACCCGGACCAAUGGGAGCCUUUCAUCAAGCGCAAAGAGCUGACUGAAGCAAUCAGGGGAGGGGACUGGUACAUGUUAGAAGGAGCUGCAGCCAAAACCAUAAAAGAAAACAAAAAGUCAAUUCAGAAAUUUGUUGGAAAACAACAAUCAUACAGAGACGCUAAAAACCUUUCAAGAAGAAAAGCCAAUAAAGGAAUAGGACAGUUCAUGAAUGCAGAUCACCAGCCACCAGUCAGUAGUAUACUGAAUGCCCGUGAGCAGAACCAGAAUAGCAUAUUAGCAAAAGCUAUGGUUGAAGUGGCAACAAAAUCAUCUACGGUGGACAUUUCUAAUGUGCACAAAUACCAUGACCUUGAACUUCCAACUGUUUAUGUGCCUAAAGAAAUACAUCAUGAAUUUUCCAGCACAAAAUCACCAGCCUUCAGUUCACACUUGGCUAACACCAUAAGUAAAGAUGAUGUUGUGGGCACCUUCAAGCUGACGAUCCUUGGUUCAAUGCCAAGAUUCUGGUUGAAAAGUAGCAAGAAAUUUGAAAACUUUCAGAACACCCAAAUGAGUAAAACCAGGCAUGACAUUUUUAAAGAAAGUUUUCAAAAACACAGCACAGAGAUGGUAAAGACAUGGUUUUCUCUGCUUCAAAGUAAGGGUGUUAUGACAGAUGACCAUCUAACUACUAUCAAUGACUGGAUCAACAAACAGGGCUACAACAAUCAGAACGAUCCACACAGGAAUGACGUCAUCAACCUCCUCCUCUGAAAAGUUGGUGGGAGCACAAGAUGACUGCUGGAGGGAUUCUGCAAGAGCUUGACUGUGAACGGAGCUCCCGAGAUAAAGAAACUGCUUACUAUGAAUCACAGAAGCUAGUGAGAUGGACAGACAAAAUUUUAAAUUACAUGCAGCUAUAAAUAAAGCUGGGACAUUAUGUAAAUAUAGAUAUUGAUAUAAUGUAGGUAAAUAAUGCCAUCAUCAAUUAUCUAAGCCCUGUGAAAUGGAUGAUUUGUCGCAGAGCUGCUGAUUGGCUAGAAGGAAUGGAUCAGGAUCCUUGACAAAGAUUAUGUCACUUACUGGAUCCUUUUACUAUAAAGGAACCUUGAUACCUUCAGGUACACCAGGUUACAUCCACUUUAGAUUCAUCACUGA